AUGCGGAUAUUUUUUGCUAUCUGCAUUUCUACCAUUGCUGAAAGUGAUGAUUCUCAAGAGUCAGUAGACAGUGUGAUAGAUUCCCAAAAAAGGAGAGAGCUCCUGUCUAGACGGCCCUCAUACAGAAAGAUCCUGAAUGACCUUUCAUCAGAUGCUUCAGCAGUCCCACAGAUAGAAGAGGAAAAAUCAGAGGAGGAUUCGACCCCAGCCAUAACAACUGUUACAGUGCCAACACCAAUCUACCAAACAAGUAGUGGACAGUACACUGUUGAAAUUCUGGGAAAAUGCCUGUUAAUGACCUGCUUAUGACCACGACUUCCUCCUCACAGUAGGUGGCAGUACUGCGCCAAAUCGAUGCGAAUCGCCAAAUAAAGACCGAAGAAGACGACUCACUUUAUCCUCUUCGGAAUUCAUCAAGCAGACUUUUAACGUCAGCAAUUUAGUUGUACAAUUAAGAUGGCUGAGCAGGACACUGGUGCAGCAGAGGAUGCUAUGUUCCAUGCAGACCUGCUUUUGGAUCAAAUGAAAAAAAAGCAAGAAGAGAAAAGUACACCCCCUAACCGUGAGAGUAAAUUUCAGUGGAUUGAGAGAGACUGUGAAGGGCGUC